GGAUCGUAGGCCAGUACGAGCACGUUCCGCUUCCAAAUUUGGUACCACGCAAAGACUCCACGCACUAUUACGGGUCAUUAUUGGAAUACGUAUUGACAAUUAGCUUGAAAAUCAAUUUUACUUUUUACCACACAUAACCAACAAACCGUUACCGAUACUGCUAAAUAUUGUUUAAAAAAGUCACCAUGACCCGUAUGCUCUAUUUCAUUUAAAACUACGCCGCCGCCGGCGAGGAAGGGUAAAUAUGAAUAUAUUUGCUUGAUGUAUUCUGACGACAUUUUGACAAGUUGCGGUUGAGAAGAGGGUGUUGGGUAACGAGAGCAUCAGGCCAGUGUAUUUAUAAUGCGAAAUAUUUAAAUUUCAAGUCGGGAGUAAGUAAGUAGAUGAAAUCAUAGUCCAUAGAAAAUCUGUACUGAAGAGCAUAAGAAAAUUACUUAAAUACCUAAACGUAGCACAUCUUGUGUGACGUCGUGUAUAAGUAUUUAUCUCGACCGGUGAAUAUCCACGCUUCGUAGUGCACGGACCUUUAUAUAAAACCAUUACACUGAUACAAUUUGAGGUUUUAGAGAUUAUUGCGCAACAAGAUCGCGGUAUGAACGCUGCAAAGAUGCUGCAGUGUACACUAGUGUUUUUGUCAGUUGCAACACUAUUAGGAAGUGCACAGGAACCCAUCGCUUUUAAACGGAUACGCGAGUGUUUGUUAAAGCCUCAAGUCGUCGUGUGUUUGAAAGAGGAAGCCGUCGAUAUUUUAAACAGAACCAUCAUGAACGAAAAACCGAUGCGUUUCUUUGACAUGAUAGACAUCGAGAAGGAUCCUAACUACAAGUGCAAUACAUCAGUAAAUGAUUUACCUGAAGACCUCAAUGAAAGGAGCGCGAAACUCAAUGAUAUUCUCUACCACCAAGUGGAGGAUCUCUUUGAGUCGAGAACCGUUAGAUUUAGCUUGGCAAAUGUCAUAGAAGGCAGGAAAAAGAAGGACAAGACCGGAAGUAUGCUAAUGAUGGGCGGAUUGGCAAUGGCAGGGAUGAUGGGCCAAAUGUUUAUGGGUAAAAUUGCUUUUUUGGCUGGAGCCGCAUUGCUUAUUGCAAAAAUGGCACUAAUGAUGUCGGUUAUGAGUGCGCUUAGAAAGACUGGUGGAGGUGGUGGUGGAGGAGCUGAACACAUUGUAUACGCCACAAGCUCCGAUUCCGGUGGGUACGGUCACAGUCAUGGGGGAUGGCAUCGCAGCUUGACUAAUCCAGAUCCAACGUUGGUGUAUGCCGGACAAAUGCCAACUGACUCUAAUUACGUUUUCUAGCUUCCUUCUGCUUCCUUAGUUAGUUAAAUUAUUAUAUAAGCAUCGUACCAGUUGUAGUUUUUUUCAACUGUCGGAUGCAUCAACAAGUUUAUGACCAACAAUAAACAAGCCAUAACGUUAUGGAUAUUGCUGUAAUAAAUUUUAUUGUAAACAUUUGUAAAAGACUAAUUUUAAUUAUUACAUUAUAGAAUUCCGUUAGAAUGUCAAAACUGUUUCGCAUUCUGUGCGGAAUAAAGUCAUUUAGGUUCAAAACUAACCGAAAAAUUUGUUUGGUAUGUUAUAAUGUCCUAAUUAUCUUAGGUUAUGGACAGUUUUCUAGGACACGUUAAAGAUACACAAUGUCCAUUCUGAAAUAUUAAAUGAAUGGUACAGGUGCAGAAAUCGAAUCGUGUAUUACCUAUGUAACAGGAGUAAUUAAAUAACGUAACAAGUUCUUGGCAAUUUAUGAAAAUUUACAUUGCGUGCAGUGUUUAUUUAAAUGAAUAGAUGCAAUUACGAGUACACUGUAAUUUUCUGAUGAA